AUGUCCUUCAAUAAUCUGUACUACAAACGAACUGCAGGCACUGCCAAGGCAUGCUACGUGUGCUUUAAACCGACCACCACAGUCCUUGCGACGAUAAACACCGUCGACUUCUUGUAUGCGUGCUCGACACAUCUUACGGACUCCGGCUUUGCAACCCUCAUAAAAGACGAGGCGAAGGCAACAUCUGCAGCUGUUACUGCAGAAGAAAUUGCGAAGGUGAAGGCAGAGUGGGAGGAGAGGCAGAAAAAGAAACUCGAAGCAGAGGAAAAAGUAAAGGAAAAGGACAAGGAAGCAGUUAAGAAGGACGAUACGGAUAAGAAGGAAGGGUCCAAGGCCCCAAAGCCUCCAGCGUCUCUGAGCACGUCUCCCAGCACGCAAUCUUCGCCAACUGCGACCCAUGAACGAUACAUCUUGCACAGAGAUAUCUUUUCAAGUUGA